UAGAAAUGAAAGAAGAAAAUGGAAAGUGGACUCACUUUUGGGCUUUAUUCUCAGUAUUCUCAUUCUAGUUUGGGUUAUUGGGUUGGCAACAAUUAAGAAAUUAGGUAAUGAAUGACUACACUGAGAAGUGAUGCGUGAAUAAAAUUUGGAAAUCCUCAUCAUUGAAAGAAAAUAAUAUUGUAGAAAAUGACUCCUGUAGAAUAACAAAUAUAAGAUCGGAUUGGGAAUCUAUUUAAAAUAAUAAUGGAGUCAACAAAAAGAGUGAACAUUAAUUUGGAAGAAAGGAGAUUAUGGAUAGGAAACUUAGAUCCUAGGGUUACUGAGUAUCAACUUUUGAAACUUGUUCAAAAACAUGGUGACAUUGAAAAGUUUGAUCUAAUAUUUCAUCGAAAUGGACCUCAGGCUGGAUUACCUAGAGGAUAUGCUUUUGUGACUUAUAUACGUAAGGAAGAUGCCCUUUCUGCUAAAAAUGCGCUGAAUAAUCUACACGUUGGAGAGAAGAGCAUCAUUGUAACCUGGGCGCAUAGUAUGAACAAUGAGGAAAUUGAAAAACCAAAAGAAGAAAUAUUCAUACCCGCCCUGGCUAUAUCGAAGGAAGGCAAAAAGGCAGAUCGGGUUUCCCAAAUACAAGCAAUUGAAGCCAAACUAAAGUUGAUGGAGAAGAAGGCAGAAGAUGAAUUGAAGAUAAAUGAUUCUGUAGCAACUAAACAACCUGUAAUAGUUCAAUAUCAAUCCAACAAGAUCCAGAGUAUAAAUUCUACUAGUGGUUCAAGUAAUUUCAGACAUAAACAGAACUCAAGACGGAGAGAUAGACAUAGUAAGCCUUACAGCAGAAAUAAACUGAAUAGAUGAAAUCUUUCAGAUUUAUUGAUAUUUGAUACCCGAAUUCGUAAGUUAUUUAUUACCACCAUUUUGUGUUGUAUAGUAAUGACUUAGGCAUAAUAUAAGUGAAAGAAUCUCAGAUAAUGUACUGUUCUAACUCAUUAAAAAAAAACCUGAAAGCUAAGAA